CUGCAGCCUGCAUUAAUGACAACCCAAAUGCCAAUAAUCAGAAAGUACAACAAAUUAAGGAAGAGGCAAUGAAAGGAAAAAGGGAAAGGAACAAGAGGGAAGGGAAGGGAUGCUCAAUUGCUGAUGCUGUGAAUUUGGAAACUAUUAUUGCAUGAAAAAUCAGAGAUGUUGAAGUUGAACUGUUAGAAAUUGAGAGAAGCUUUUAGCCUUUGUCUCUUACUUGGCUGAGGUGCCAUGUGCUGUUCCCAUAUUAUAAACACAGUCUUAGCUCACUUGUUUCAGCUUCACCAGACCAUUUAGUUUAAUAUAAUCACACCAUCCCAACAUGUACUAACCAAAGGAGAGAAAUAAAAUAAUAGAAGAACAGAAGCAGCAGCAGCAGCAACCCUUUAUUAAUCACACACUCAUGCAAUCUCUAGAGAAACACACACCACCCUUCUCUGAUCGAUCAACUCCUGUCAUGGACAUGGAGGUCUCCCUAGAAAAUACUGAUGAUCAGGCAACCUCCAGAUCCAUGGAGCCAACAUCGAGCCCGCGGAUCUCUUUCUCCGUGGAUUUUCUCGACGACAACGACUUCAUCUCUAUAAGCCCACACUCUGAAUCUCCAAACAGACAGGAGACAGAAAAGGAAAAGGCGCGCUUCAAUGUAGACUUCGAGUUUCUCUCUGCUGCCAACUCUACCGGUAACACGAUGUUGACGGCCGACGAGCUCUUCUUUGAAGGCAGGUUGCUUCCCUCUUGGCAAAUGCAGCAUUCCGAGAAGCUCAACAAGCUCAGCCUCAAGCCAAAGGGGACGGAGAAGGAGGAGGAGGGAAGGGGGAAUAAUAAGGAGAUGAUGAUCAACAAGGAUCAGCAGGAUAGUAGAGUAAGCAGCUGGUUCAUCGACGAUGACCCAUCUCCUCGCCCACCCAAGUGCACUGUCCUCUGGAAGGAGCUGCUGAGGCUGAAGAAGCAGCGAGCAUCUACAUUGUCGCCAUCAGCGUCGUCGUCGUCCUCCUCAUCUUUGUCGUCGACGGCCUCGGCUUCAUCAGAUGUGUGCCCCAUGGAUGAAGAGAAGGAUCCCAAGGAAGGCAAUAAGGAAAGGUUGUGGAACAGAGAGAAGCAUAUUAAGAGGAUAAAGAAAGGGUUGGAGAGGACAAGAUCAGCCAGCGUUAGAAUAAGGCCUGUCGUCCAUGUGCCCAUCUGCACCCAAACCAAGAUAAGUGCUUUUCCGCCAUUAUUUCAUCUUAAGAAGCCAAAUUUAGACAGGUGAUCAGAGGCUGUCGAGGCUCAUCGCUCAUCAGAGAUCAAUGUAGUUAGUUUCUUCUGUAGUAUGUUUAUGACUACUUCUUUCAUGCUUUCCCUUUUUUUUCUCUUCUUUUUUAUUAGUUGAAUUUUCUUUGAUGGUGGCUCUGAUGCAUUUCAUGUAAACGUAACUUCUCUUUAUUUUUUUAUCUUAACUAUUUGAUUACUUUAACAAUGUUAACCUUUUUUUUUUAAUUUUUCCCCUUAA